AUGGGCGUUUCGUGGCUUAACUGUCACAGUUGGGAAUGUUCGGGCCGUUUAUGGAAAACUCUCGAAGUUUCCACGCGGUUUAUAAAGAAAAUACUUGGCGGGGCAGCAGCGUUAGUAGAGACAUAGGACGGUUUGAGGACUUGCUUCAUAAACACCCGUUUCCGAACAUCUGUAACAUUUACUAAACAGGCCACUGGAUGGUCAAAAUGGAUAAAGACUACUACGACAUUUUGGGAAUUAAAAAAGGAGCGUCGGAGGACGAUAUAAAGAAAGCUUAUCGUAAGCAGGCUCUGCGCUUCCAUCCCGACAAAAACAAGUCACCGGGAGCCGAGGAAAAAUUCAAAGAAAUCGCUGAAGCUUAUGACGUUUUGAGCGACCCAAAGAAAAAGGACAUUUAUGAUCGUUAUGGUGAAGAAGGUCUGAAAGGCGGAGGCCAACCAGGUGGUGGUGGUUGUGGGGGUCCUGGUUCCUAUAGCUACAGCUUCCAGGGUGACCCUCAUGCCAUUUUUGCAGAGUUCUUCGGUGGACGUAACCCUUUCGAACAGUUCUUUGGUGCCCGCAAUGGAGGCAUGGAUGAGAAUAUGGACACUGAAGACCCUUUUACCCGCUUUGGGAUGGGGGGUGGUGGGAUGGGCGGGUUCCCUCGCUCUUUCAGCUCUGGCAUGGGAGGAAUGGGUCCUCACACUAGUGUCGUUAAGAAGCAUCAGGACCCCUCUGUGGUUCAUGAGCUCUCUGUGACCUUGGAGGAAGUUUUGUCGGGUUGCACAAAGAAAAUGAAGAUCUCUCGUAAAAGGCUGAACCCCGAUGGGCAAACGAUAAGGACAGAGGACAAAAUCCUGGAGGUGCAGAUAAAGAAGGGGUGGAAAGAGGGCACAAAAAUCACGUUUCCCAAAGAGGGGGACCAGACUCCCACAAACAUUCCAGCCGACGUGGUCUUUGUGUUGAAGGACAAGGCACAUCCGGUGUUCAAACGUGACGGCUCGGACAUCAUUUACACAGCGAAGAUUUCACUCAGAGAUGCCUUGUGUGGCUGCACAGUCAACGCACCCACACUGGACGGCAGAACGGUGACGGUGUCAACAACAGAUAUCGUGCAGCCAGGGAUGAAGCGGCGGGUGAGUGGCGAGGGGCUGCCUUAUCCCAAACGGCCCGAUCGUCGAGGCGACCUGUUAGUGGAGUAUGACGUCAGGUUCCCAGAGAGGCUCAGCCAGAGUGCCCGGGACACCAUCGCUCAAGUCCUCCCGCGGUCUUAAACAAGACCAACAGACAUCCGGGACUUUAGAAUUAUUGCACUAAUCUGGCAACUAUUUUUUUUUUUGUCAAUCAUCACAUGGACAUUUAUCUGGCGUUAUAAAUCGCAUCAGACAAUAAAGCCUGAGACAGAUGUGUGUAAACUGUCAAACAUAGUGUAACCAUCUUGGGAAGGUGCUUAUCAUGAAUGACUGCAGCAUUUCACCAGUGUAAAAUGUAAAUAUGAUCAAUAUUGUUUGGUGUUUUGGUUUGCUGAAUAAGAUUAUAUUUUGAUGAAUUCAAAUAAAAAUAUUUAUAUUAUAUAAAAAGGACAACUUUUCAUGCAAAUAAAGUUGUUUCAAAAGAGGGCAGUAGCCUAUAUUUGUUGGACUAAAUGUUGAAGCAUUGUUAUGAAAAAAACAAUAAAGAAAUGGAAACAGGUGCUGUAAAUAUUAA